GCGGGGGCGGGCAGAGCCCUGCGCCGCGCCGAGCAUGCGAGAGCCGCCGGGGCGGGCGGCAGCGGCGCAGCCAGCCGGGGCCGCGGCCGGGGCGGCGGAGCCAUGCUGCUGGCCUCGGCCGUGGUGGUGUGGGAAUGGCUGAACGAGCACGGGCGCUGGCGGCCCUACAGCCCGGCCGUCAGCCACCACAUCGAGGCGGUGGCCCGCGCCGGGCCGCGGGCGGGCGGCAGCGUGGUGCUGGGCCAGGCCGACAGCCGCCUGGCGCCCUACAUCAUCGACCUGCAGUCCAUGCACCAGUUCCGCCAGGACACCGGCACCAUCCGGCCCGUCCGGCGCAGCUACUACGACCCGUCCUCGGCGCCAGGCAAGGGAGUCGUCUGGGAGUGGGAGAAUGACAGCGGGACGUGGACGCCCUACGACAUGGACGUGGGCAUCACCAUCCAGCGCGCCUACGAGAAGCAGCACCCCUGGGUGGACCUGAGCGCCAUCGGCUUCUGCUACGUCAUCGACUUCGCCACCAUGGGCCAGAUCAACCGGCAGACCCAGCGCAAGCGCCGCGUCCGCCGCCGCCUCGACAUGGUGUACCCGCUGGUGUCGGGCACCCUGCCCAAGUCGCAGUCGUGGCCGGCCAGCCCCGGGGCGGCGGCGGCCCCGCCGGUGCCCGCCUGCACGUGUCCCCAGUGCCUGCUGGUCAUGAGCGUCAAAGCGGCCGCCGCCGGCCCCGGCACCUCCACGCUGCAGCCCGCAAAGCCGCCCAGCACGCCCGCCCUGAGCUCGGCCGGCGCCUCCGGCAGCCCCCCCGGCGUGGGCAGCGGCAAAGGCUCCCGGGCCAGCCUGGGCACCCUGAACCGCAGCCACCUGCAGCGCCUGGCCAUCGCCCAGUCCCGCGUGCUCAUCGCCUCCGGGGUCCCCACUGUCCCUGUGAAGAACCUCACUGGCUCCAGCCCCGUCAACCCAGCACUGGCAGGGAUCACGGGGAUCCUCAUGAGUGCAGCCGGGCUGCCUGUGUGCCUGACCCGGCCCCCCAAGCUGGUGCUGCACCCCCCGCCCGUCAGCAAGAGUGAGAUCCAGUCCAUCCCUGGCAUCUCCCACUCCUGCCGCAAGACCACCAAGAAACAGGCCAAGAAGGGUAAAACCCCAGAGGAGGUGCUGAAGAAAUACCUGCAGAAGGUGCGGCAUCCGCCGGAUGAGGACUGCACCAUCUGCAUGGAGCGGCUCUCUGCCCCCUCUGGCUACAAGGGGCCCCAGCCAGCCGUCAAGCCUGACCUCGUGGGGAAGCUGGUCAAGUGCAGCCACGUCUUCCACCUGCACUGCCUGGUGGCCAUGUACAACAACGGUAACAAGGAUGGAAGUCUGCAGUGUCCCACCUGCAAAACCAUCUAUGGGGUGAAGACAGGGACGCAGCCUCCCGGGAAGAUGGAAUAUCACAUCAUCCCCCACGCGCUGCCCGGCCACGCCGACUGCAAAACCAUCCGCAUCAUCUACAACAUCCCCCCGGGGGUGCAGGGACCAGAGCAUCCAAACCCUGGGAAGAGCUUCACGGCCCGUGGCUUCCCCCGGCACUGCUACCUGCCAGACAGCGAGAAGGGCAGGAAGGUACUGAAGUUGCUGCUGGUGGCCUGGGACCGGCGCCUGAUCUUCGCCAUCGGGACCUCCAGCACCACGGGCGAGUCGGACACGGUGAUCUGGAACGAGAUCCACCACAAGACAGAGUUCGGCUCCAACCUCACUGGCCACGGCUACCCCGACAUCAACUACCUGGACAAUGUCCUGGCUGAGCUGGCAGCCCAGGGCAUCACCGAGGAGAGCCUGGCACAGGAGAAGGACUGAGACCGUGGCGAGGAGGCAAGGAAAGGGUUGCCUGUGCCGGCACCCACCAGGAUAAAGCUGCUGGAGAUACCUGCCUGGGGGCUUUCCAGGGCACACCUGGAGCCCCCUGCUGCCAGUGGCAGCCAUGCAGUGCCCCAGGCUGGCUGGGAAUGUGGGAGAAGGUCCUUUCGGCCGUCCCCUUCACUCCUGCAGGGCGGGAACAUCCUCACACACAGCUGUGGGGCUUCAGGCUGGCUUGGCCACCCCUCUGGAUGGUGUUCUGUCCUAUCUGUCACUGUGCUGAGGGCUUGGGGGGUGCCAGGCUCCCCUCUCUCCUCAUCUGUGCCAGUCCCAGCCUGACCCAACACCCCUGUCACCCACCUGGGGCUGGGACCUGGCUUGGGGUGGGAGCUGGGGCCACACGAGUCCCCCUUGCUCUGCCUCGUCCCUCUGACGUUUGUUUGUUCGUUCGUUCUGUCCGGUCCCUCCCCACUGGUCUCCUGUGUCUGUGCAGGUUGGGGGGCCUGGGCUGCCCCAGCUCCCCCCAGCCCUGCCCCCUGCUCCUCUUGGCUGUGUCUGAGCUGUGCCCUGCAGGGUCCCCUGUCUGGGCUGCCCCUGCCUCUGCAUGCCAGGGAGGGGCUGGUGGGUGGUAGGAGGUGUGUGUGGGGGGACAGUGACAUCCCCCCCCGCAGUGGGUUCCUUGAACUGUUCGUAUGGGGGCGUCCCCACGUUGGAAUUUCUAUAUACCUCGUGUUUUGGGGUUUUGUCGUAUAUAUGUACAUAUAGGGGGGCGUCUGGGGAGGCUGUCUGGGAGAACGUGGUGCUGCAGCUGAGCUGGGGCUGGGCACAGUGGUGCUUGGGGUUGGGACGGGGGCUGUGGGGCCCCCCACCCCGACAGGGCUCUGCCCCGUGGGAGGGCUGUCACUUGUGGGUCCCCAUGGGGCCAGGUGCAGGUGGGGUAAGAAGUGUCCCCAUUCCUGCCCCAGAGAAGCCUUGGGGAGUUCUGCAGGGGAAAGUGGUUGGUGAGGGGUUGGUACAGGCUGGGCCAGGAGGGUGGUGUGGGUAGGAGAGUGUGGGUGUUGGGGUGGGGGAAGUGUGUUCCAAGGCUCUGGGGGUCCCUGUCAGCCCCCUGGGGUGACUGGGCCUUGGAGAGCCCAGGUGGAAGGUGUCCCUGCCCAGGGCAGGGGUUAGGAAUGAGAGAGUCUGUGGGGUCUCUUCCAUCCCAAACCAGGGGUUCAUGGGGCCUCUCGGAGCCCCCUGUGCCGGGUGCUGGGGGUUCCCUGGCCCUCUGUGCUGGUGGGAGGGGGGUCCAUCCUGCUGUGCAUCGUUCUGUUGUCGUUGCUGUUUUUCCUCCCCGUGGCCUGGUGGGUCCGUCCCCCCGCGGCCACCCCGUGGAGGGGCUGGGGGUCAAUAAAGCGGAUGGCAGGGGACUCUGGCGGUCCCAGCACGG